UCGCGAGCACUUCGCGGGUUCGCGAGUUCGCGGCAAUGCGAGUAUCUCUGACGAACGCGUGUGUAUAUCGUCGCGCGUGAUGGCCGUGCAGCAAUCGAUUGAUGCGCCUUUCCCGCGCGAAUGACGAGUGAACGGUCGGGAUCGAUCGGGAUCGCGAGAUUGCCAGCGAACUUUUUGGAGCUCAUCGAUCGCCGCUGCGUUCUCUCGUAGCUACAUCUUAUUAGGAUUCGUGGAACUGAGUGCCGAAGCGUUUUUGGGAUUCGGGUUUUAUAAUCCCCAUUCUAGGAACAUUUAAAACAAAUAGAAAAAAUAUAUAUACAAUACAUAAAUAUUCGAGGUUGAUGCGUGGUUCUUAUGUGCUAUUAAUGACAGACAUUGAGGAUGAAUAUUAUAUUAUAUAAAAUAUUAUGACAGAAUUAUGGUGUUAUGUGGAAAUGAACGUGAUAAAUUUCGUCAACAAGACAGCGUGCUAGUGACAUCGUGUUAGUGUAAAGUGCGUUGAGCUAAUUUGCAUACUGUUUCGUUUCUAGAAUUGUUAAUUGACGAAAACACGUCACCUUUUCAGACCUCAAGAUAGUUUCGAGGCGGUGCUGCUAAUAAAACUGCCAAGUGUAUUCGUAAUUGCUGCAACUCCGUUUGGACUUCGACAGUUGAUGGAAGAAACGAGUAUUGCUGUGCAUCUGUUCAUAAGGUGGUGACGAACAGACUUGUGGGAACAGCGCGGCUACUCCCUGUGAAACUCGCCGAGAGAGUCCAGCGAAGCAGGAAAGUGGCGACGUUCUUGAGCUUCAAGACAGACCCCGGAAGGACAACGCGCGAUUUAUUUACAUGCGACGAACGCAAGCGCUCUCCCCGCUCUCGUGGCACAUGAAAGACACAAGUAAAUUACUAGUUCGACUUCGGGCGCACUAAUCGGCUUUCCAACGUGCGGAAAGUCCAAUUCUCUAUAGAGACCGCUCGCAACUGCCCGACGGUGCAUUAAAAUGGCGCGGAAAUUCGUCGAGGACGAAGAGAUAAAAUAAAGAAAAAGCUUCGCUAAAACAUUCAGCGAGCGCGAACCGGCGCGCGGCGCGGCGCCCACGGACGUGCAUCGGACUUGCUUAUUACGGAAAUCCAGUUUGUUGGAAUGAGGCUUUGAAGUUUCUAUCGCUUGCCGACGAACCGUGCUCCACCUUCUUCCGCUGCCAUUCGUUUUUUGCACUCGGAGCCGAAGGAAAGAUGGGAGAGCGGAAAACUGAGCGGCUUCGCAUUCAGACGCCAGGACGAUCCCGCUAUGGAAAAAUGACGGAAGUGUCCGCACUAUGUACGAUCGAACGUCCCUUUGCUGUCAGAAGAUCCUUCCAGGACAUCAUUCAAUCGAGCGAUUUCGACCGGGCGUCGUAAUAAGAAAUCGACAGUGACGAAAAUCAAAGUGACAUCUGGCCGAAUGACGCCGGCGAAUUUGAGUGGUGGUCGAGGAAACGCGAAGAGAGAUCCGUCCCCUAGAUUAUAGCUCGCGCGAAACUCCAGUCAUGCGGCUGUGGCGAUUGAGUCUACGAGAUUCGAGGACGCGCGUACGAAGAAAACCCUAUUAUAAAACUCCAUUCCUGCCGAGAGUAUUGCUCUUUGUCAUCGCGAAGUAUGAUAAUCCGAGAUAAUUCUACGCACAAUUGUGACGAACGAAUGAACGUAAACAAACAGUGGACGAAUUAGCGAUCGCGCCUCGAAACAUAUAACAGAGUGUGAAACCUUUGACAUGUCACGCGCGUCACGAAGCGCGAAAUUAUCACCGAAAGCCGAUGAAUCUUUCAUCUUCGGCCGUUAAUUCCAUCGUCACUCGAAAUAUAAGUGGUGAAUAGCAAAUGCGUGCGUACGGCGACAUAUCCGGCGAUAGGACUCGGUGAUUCUGUAGAUAGGACAAAAAGAAAGAGGAUGGAGAAGGACAACGUUAGACAUUAUAGAGCUUACGAGGGCUUCAAGCCGGCGAACAACGGCAACACUUCGUCCCUGAAAAGAUCAACGUCCGAACGCUCGAAGACACAUUCGUCUCGCCAAGUGAGAUGUUUGUGCUUCGGCGGGGUGCCUGAUAAAGCCAGCCAGCACUCAUUCCUGAAGGGGUUUAUCAUAAACCUCGGGAUAUGCGCCCUUCUCGUGGCCUAUACCCUGCUGGGCAGUUUCAUCUUCCUGGCCAUCGAGAGCGGGACCAUCGAUGGCGUCGGCCUUCAACAAAGGACCCUCGCCACGACGAUAGCCGGAAAUCAGCAUACCAAGAGAAACACCAGCGCUUUGAUACAACAGGCCCGGACGAAGACCGUGGAGAACAUAUGGAUAAUCACGGAGCAUUUGAACGUUCUCUACCGUGAGAACUGGACGAAAUUGGCAGACCAGGAGAUCGCGAAAUUUCAGGAGCAACUAGUGAAAAGGAUCACGGAGGACAUGAUGGCGACCCAGACUGCCGGGACGUAUACCGGGAGUUCCAACAGCGAGACUGUAACGGAACGCCGUGUGCCGGAGUACGAAUGGAACUUCGCGAAGGCGUUCCUCUAUUCUCUGACAGUGCUCACCACAAUCGGUUGCGGAAGUAUCGCACCGAAAUCCACUUGGGGCAAAAUUGCUACGAUGGGCUACGCCAGUCUUGGUAUACCCUUGACCCUGGUCUACCUGUCUAGCGCGGGAGGUCUCCUGUCGAGAUGCGCCAGAGGCGUCUUCACACGUGCUCUUUGCUGUUGCCUUUGCUCGAAUUGCGGCUACUGUUGCUACGACGAGAGGCGGAUGCAGGAGAAAGAGCGGCGAAUGAGAAAGAAACGGCAGCAGGAGGAACUGGCGCAGCAGCAGCAGCAACAGCUACAGCUGCAGGAGCCCUUUUACGUUCGCGCGAAUGCAUCGACGUUCACCAGCACCGUGGAAAUUAAGGCCAGCCCGAAAGACGAGGUGUCGAGUCUCGGUUCGGGCGACAGGCCGAACGUCACCAUACUCGCGCCAAUCAGUAUCUGUCUCGGCGCAAUGCUGUGUUACAUCAUUGCCGGAGCAUUCACCCUGCACAAAUUGGACGGUUGGUCAUUCGUAGACGCGAGCUAUUUCUGCUUCAUGAGCCUGAGCACUAUCGGCUUCGGCGACAUGGUGCCCGGUUCUUAUCCUCGUCACACCCUCGCCGACUCGAGAAACGUGACGGUCUGGUUCUGCUCCUGCUACAUAAUGUCCGGGAUGGCCCUGACGGCGAUGUGCUUCAACAUCCUCCACGACGAGAUCGUCCAUCGGCUGAGUCACCAAACGGACAAGCAGGAGCCGGUGAAGCCGAGCUCGUCCGUAGACGAGCUAUCAACGGACCCGAACGGCACCGACGAGAACAAUAUAUGUGGCACGGAACCACCCACCAAUAUAUUCGCGCACGAAAACGAGAUCAACAUUCUGAAGGACACUUUCAAUCAGGUGGACGUUACCAGAGAUUGCAAGCCGAUCCUGAAACUCGAGGAUCACGUCCCGCCGAUCUCUGCCGUCUAUAUGUUGCCCAAGGUCGACGAGGAGGCCGAGGAAAAUACGGAAAUGUGAAACUUGGACGCGGAUUUCCGGAGAUUGACAGUCCGGCGGCCGGGUUCAAUCAAUUGGAGAUUACCCAGCAGCGUUUUUACGGAUCGUAACCCAGAUGGAUAGGUAUAUAUGACACGUUAUAUAUGCUAAAUCGUCAGAUCGCGAUGAAAAGACGUUUUUGUUGAAUCUAUUAUUAACGUUGAAUUUACAGUUAAGACACGCUAACAACUUUAAUAAAAUCACGAAAAUAACGUGCCUGUUAAAAUUGCCCGUAAACUUUAUAUCUUCGUUUCUUUUUAUUAGGAACAUAGAUAUAGUGUUGUGUAAUUUUCCAAUGUAAAUUUAGAAAAUUCCAAUUAGCAACUUCAUAUAGUUAUCUACUAAUAUCGUCGUGAUGUGAUAAACGAUUGUGUACGAUGUUUUUUAUGUUGUAACGUUUUUUACACUAUCUUAAUAUACUGUUUUACGUGUCUAGAUUCAACGAUUAAUGAUGGAAUCAUUAAUACGUAUCCAUCAGUGAUAAUACUAAUGAGCAUAAAUGAACGCGUAUACAGAGCGCUAUCUGGGACACGUUCAAAAAAAUUCAAAAAUAAGUGCUUGAACCGUUGGCGCAAGUAGGACAUCCUCCUUGAAAUCGAUACAAGAUAGCUCUCAUUUUCGCUCGUAUAUGACAAGAACAAUAAAUG